AUCCUCCUCCUCUUCCUCUCUGGUCUCCUCCCUCCUCCGAGUCGGCUUGCAAAUGGCUUCGUUCCCCGAGACCGACUUCCAGAUCUGCCUGCUGUGCAAGGAGAUGUGCGGCUCGCCGGCGCCGCUCUCCUCCAACUCGUCUGCGUCGUCGUCGUCCUCGCAGACGUCCACGUCGUCGGGGGGCGGCGGCGGGGGUCCGGGGGCCGCGGCGCGCCGCCUGCACGUCCUGCCCUGCCUGCACGCCUUCUGCCGCCCGUGCCUCGAGGCGCACCGGCUGCCGGCGGCUGGCGGCAGCGCGCCGGGAGAGUCCCUCAAGCUGCGCUGCCCAGUGUGCGACCAGAAAGUAGUGCUGGCCGAGGCGGCGGGCAUGGAUGCGCUUCCCUCGUCCGCCUUCCUGCUCAGCAACCUGCUCGACGCCGUGGUGGCCACGGCCGACGAGCCGCCGCCCAAGAACGGGCGUGCCGGAGCCCCGGCGGGGGCGGGCGGCCACAGCAACCACCGGCACCACGCGCACCACGCGCACCCGCGCGCGUCCGCCUCGGCCCCGCCGCCACUCCCGCCGGCGCCGCCGCCGCCCGCGCCUUCCCGCUCUGCGCCCGGCGGCCCGGCGGCCUCUCCGUCCGCGCUGCUGCUGCGCCGGCCUCACGGCUGCAGCUCCUGUGACGAGGGCAACGCGGCCUCGUCGCGCUGCCUGGACUGCCAGGAGCACCUGUGCGACAACUGCGUCCGCGCGCACCAGCGCGUGCGCCUCACUAAGGACCACUACAUCGAGCGCGGCCCGCCAGGUCCCGCCGCCGCGGCCGCCGCGCAGCAGCUCGGGCUCGGGCCGCCCUUCCCCGGCGCGCCCUUCUCCAUCCUGUCGGUGUUCCCCGAGCGCCUCGGCUUCUGCCAGCACCACGACGAUGAGGUGCUGCACCUGUACUGUGACACCUGUUCGGUGCCCAUCUGUCGUGAGUGUACGAUGGGCCGGCAUGGGGGCCACAGCUUCAUCUACCUCCAGGAGGCGCUGCAGGACUCGCGGGCACUUACCAUCCAGCUGCUGGCCGAUGCGCAGCAGGGCCGCCAGGCAAUCCAGCUGAGCAUCGAGCAGGCCCAGACGGUGGCAGAGCAGGUAGAGAUGAAGGCAAAGGUGGUACAGUCGGAGGUCAAAGCCGUGACGGCGAGGCAUAAGAAGGCCCUGGAGGAGCGGGAGUGCGAGCUGCUGUGGAAGGUAGAGAAGAUCCGCCAGGUGAAAGCCAAGUCCCUGUACCUGCAGGUGGAGAAGCUGCGGCAGAGCCUCAACAAGCUUGAGAGCACCAUCAGUGCUGUCCAGCAGGUCCUGGAGGAGGGCCGGGCGCUGGACGUCCUGCUGGCCCGGGACCGCAUGCUGGCCCAGGUGCAGGAGCUGAAGACCGUGCGCAGCUUCCUGCAGCCCCAGGAAGACGACCGCGUCAUGUUCACACCCCCCGACCAGGCCCUGUACCUCGCCAUCAAGUCCUUCGGCUUUGUCAGCAGCGGGGCCUUUGCACCGCUCACCAAGGCCACGGGCGAUGGCCUCAAGAGGGCCCUCCAGGGUAAGGUGGCCUCCUUCACCGUUAUUGGCUACGACCACGAUGGGGAGCCUCGCCUCUCAGGGGGCGACCUGAUGUCAGCUGUGGUCCUGGGCCCCGAUGGCAAUCUGUUUGGUGCCGAGGUAAGCGACCAGCAGAACGGGACUUACGUGGUGAGCUACCGGCCGCAGCUGGAGGGUGAGCACCUGGUGUCGGUCACCAUGUGCAACCAGCACAUCGAGAACAGCCCCUUCAAGGUGGUGGUCAAGUCCGGCCGCAGCUACGUGGGCAUCGGGCUCCCGGGCCUGAGCUUCGGCAGCGAGGGCGACAGCGAUGGCAAGCUCUGCCGCCCCUGGGGCGUGAGUGUGGACAAGGAGGGCUACAUCGUCGUGGCCGACCGCAGCAACAACCGCAUCCAGGUGUUCAAGCCGUGUGGCGCCUUCCACCACAAAUUCGGCACCCUGGGCUCCCGACCCGGACAGUUUGACCGGCCAGCCGGUGUGGCCUGCGAUGCCUCCCGCAGGAUCGUGGUGGCCGACAAGGACAAUCAUCGCAUCCAGGUCUUCACGUUCGAGGGCCAGUUCCUGCUCAAGUUUGGUGAGAAGGGAACCAAAAACGGGCAGUUCAACUACCCUUGGGACGUGGCGGUGAACUCUGAGGGCAAGAUCCUGGUCUCUGACACCCGCAACCACCGGAUCCAGCUGUUCGGGCCCGACGGCAUCUUUCUGAAUAAGUACGGCUUCGAGGGGGCUCUCUGGAAGCACUUUGACUCCCCCCGGGGUGUGGCCUUCAACCACGAGGGCCACUUGGUGGUCACCGACUUCAACAACCAUCGGCUCCUGGUCAUCCACCCCGACUGCCAGUCUGCACGCUUCCUGGGCUCCGAGGGCACUGGCAAUGGGCAGUUCCUGCGCCCACAGGGUGUGGCUGUGGACCAGGAGGGGCGCAUCAUUGUGGCCGAUUCCAGGAACCACCGGGUGCAGAUGUUCGAGUCCAACGGCAGCUUCCUGUGCAAGUUUGGUGCCCAAGGCAGUGGCUUUGGGCAGAUGGACCGCCCCUCUGGCAUCGCUGUCACCCCCGACGGGAUGAUCGUGGUGGUGGACUUUGGCAACAAUCGGAUCCUCAUCUUCUAAUCCCAUUCUCUAGGCUUCCGUGUUUGGGCUGUGCGUGCGUCUCUCUCUCUCUCUCUCUCUCUCUCCUUUUGAAUUUCAAAGAAGAAACAGUCUCAGGGAAAUUUCUUUUUUUCUUUUGUUUAAAGAGAACAAGAAGAGUACAACAUUGCUUAAGUCCUACCUCAUCUUUAUUUUUUUACAGAUGAAUGUACUUAUCUUUUCUGCAGGGAUUGAGCCUGUGACGUGAUAAUUUCUAUCUACCUCAUAAAUCUUUACAUUUCCUUCUCCAGCAGGCCCUCUGCCCUCCUCCCCACCCUCACUCAGUGGACUUCACGUUCCCCUCUGACCCUUUGUGGGGCGUGAUAUGCACAAGCCUGGCGUCUCUGUGGCUGGGGGGGGGGACUGGGUGGGUGGUGGGGUGUAUUCUGUAGAUUGAGCCAAGGAAACAUGAAAGAACUACUAAGUAAAAAAAAAAAAGAAAAACUAUA